AUGAAUCCUCUUCAGUGGACCUUAAUCUCCUUACUCUUCUUCACUUCCGCCAUAGCUCAAACCUUCAAAAACGUCGAUUCUCAUCCAAAAUUCCCCUGUGAACCUCCUCAUUUCAGCUCUUACCCAUUCUGCAACGUCUCAUUAUCCAUAAGACAGAGAGCUCUUUCUAUAGUCUCCCUCCUCACUCUCCCGGAGAAGAUCGGUCAGCUCUCCAACACAGCCGCAUCCGUACCUCGCCUCGGCAUUCCUCCGUACGAGUGGUGGUCGGAGUCACUCCACGGAAUCGCCGAUAACGGUCCCGGCGUCUCCUUCAACGGCUCAAUCUCCUCAGCCACCAGCUUCCCGCAGGUAAUCGUGACCACCGCGUCUUUCAAUAGAACGCUAUGGUACGAGAUCGGAUCUGCUGUGGCGGUGGAAGGUCGGGCUAUGUACAACGGUGGUCAAGCUGGGUUGACUUUCUGGGCUCCGAAUAUAAACGUGUUUAGGGAUCCGAGAUGGGGAAGAGGGCAGGAGACUCCAGGAGAGGAUCCGAAGGUAGUUUCGGAAUACGGCGUUGAGUUCGUCAGAGGGUUUCAGGAAAUAAGGAAGAAGACGAAGGUUUUGAAAAGAAGAAUUGGUGAUGAUGAGGUUGUUGUUGAUAAUCGCCAUGAUGAUGAUGGUGAUGGGAAACUCAUGUUAUCUGCUUGUUGCAAGCAUUACACUGCCUAUGAUCUGGAGAAAUGGGGGAAUUUCACCAGAUACGACUUCAAUGCUGUGGUCACAGAACAGGACAUGGAAGACACAUAUGAGCCUCCAUUUCAGAGCUGUAUAAGAGAUGGUAAAGCUAGCUGCUUGAUGUGCUCGUAUAAUGCGGUUAAUGGAGUGCCUGCUUGUGCACGAGAAGACCUAUUAACAAAAGCUCGAGUUGAAUGGGGAUUUAAAGGGUACAUAACAUCAGACUGUGAUGCUGUAGCAACGAUUUUUGAGUUUCAAGGAUACACCAAGUCACCUGAGGAAGCUGUUGCCAAUGCCAUAAAAGCAGGGGUGGAUAUAAACUGCGGAACCUACCUGCUUCGGCACACACAAUCUGCGAUCGAGAAAGGGAAAGUGAGCGAAGAACAAGUAGACCGAGCUUUGGUAAACCUCUUUGCUGUUCAACUUCGUCUUGGACUUUUUGACGGUAAUCCAAGAGAAGGACGUUACGGGAAGUUAGGAUCGAGUGACAUUUGUAGCUCAGGCCACAGGAAGUUGGCAUUGGAAGCAGCAAGACAAGGCAUUGUGCUUUUGAAAAAUGAUCACAAGCUGUUGCCUUUGCACAAAAACCAUGUUUCUUCUUUGGCAAUCAUUGGUCCAAUGGCGAACAAUAUAAGCAAUAUGGGUGGCACUUACACAGGAAAGCCGUGUCAGCGAAAGACUCUGUUCACGGAACUUCUGAAGUAUGUAAAGAAGACGUCUCAUGUGUCUGGUUGCUCUGACGUGUCUUGUGAUUCUAGUUCCGGGUUUGGAGAAGCUGUUGCUAUCGCCAAGGGAGCGGAUUUUGUCAUAGUUGUUGCGGGAUUAGAUCUCACUCAAGAAACCGAGGAUAAGGAUCGAGUUAGUCUUUCUUUACCUGGUAAACAGAGAGAUCUUGUGUCUUCCAUUGCAGCUGUGAGCAAGAAACCCGUGAUUCUAGUUCUAACCGGUGGAGGACCAGUGGAUGUAACCUUUGCUAAAACCGACCCGAGAAUCGGAAGCAUCAUCUGGAUUGGUUAUCCAGGUGAAACCGGUGGACAAGCACUAGCUGAAAUCUUAUUUGGAGACUUCAAUCCAGGUGGAAGAUUACCAAUGACUUGGUAUCCAGAGUCGUUCUCCAAGGUUGCAAUGUCAGAUAUGCACAUGAGAGCCGAUUCGUCUCGUGGAUAUCCAGGAAGAACAUACAGAUUCUAUACCGGACCUCAGGUUUUCAAAUUUGGAACCGGUUUAAGCUACACCAAAUUUGAUUACAAGAUCAUAUCAGCACCGGUCACGCUUAGCUUAUCGAAGCUUCUUCCGCUACCUUCUCACAAGAGACUGCUUCUCCAACACGGAGAAGAACAGCUCCGAUACUUGCAGCUUGAUGAUUUAAUGGUUAAUUCUUGUGAAUCUCUGCGGUUCAAUGUGCGGUUUAGUGUGAGGAAUACCGGAGAAAUGGCCGGUAGUCAUGUUCUGAUGUUGUUCUCGAGAAUGCCGCCGGUUUUGUCUGGUGUUCCGGAGAAACAGCUGAUUGGUUUUGAUCGUGUUCAUGUUCGUUCCGGCGAGACGAUCAAAACGGAGUUCGUGAUCGAUCCUUGCAAGCAGCUUAGCGUUGCGAAUGAUGUCGGGAAGAGAGUGAUUCCUCUGGGGAAUCAUGUCCUGUUAUUGGGAGAUUUGCAACAUUCUCUGUCUCUUGAAUUUUAA